AGAACAUUGAUUUUAAUGUUAAAUUUGUCAUUCAAAGCCAAAUAAUAACCGGUUGGUUUAAACCUACGAUCAUGAUGGGUGGUGGGUAAAUCAAAAACGUGUUGAAGGAAAUGGCUCAAUAGACGCGGUGUUAUAUAUUUCAAGGGAGAGUCUUUAGAGCCCCGCAUUGUUCGGCAGAAGAAGUUCUUUCCUUCUCUUCUUCCGCAUCAGAUCUUCUCUCCAUUUCUAUUUCUCUUUCUUUCAUUUCUCUCUUAUCGUUCUGAAGCACCGAAGCCAGUGACCAGCUGAGAGAGGUUGUUGAAAACAAAUAAAAAUGGUGAAGAUUUGUUGCAUUGGAGCCGGUUAUGUCGGUGGGCCUACCAUGGCUGUGAUUGCCCUGAAGUGCCCCGCAAUUGAAGUAGCUGUGGUUGAUAUAUCUGUAUCGAGGAUUAAUGCCUGGAACAGCGAGCAGCUUCCCAUUUACGAGCCUGGCCUUGAUGAUGUGGUGAAGCAGUGCAGAGGAAAGAACCUUUUCUUCUCUACUGAUGUGGAGAAACAUGUUUCGGAGGCUGACAUAGUCUUUGUUUCGGUUAACACCCCUACCAAAACCCAGGGCCUUGGAGCUGGCAAAGCAGCUGAUCUGACAUAUUGGGAAAGUGCUGCUCGAAUGAUUGCCGAUGUAUCAAAAUCUGACAAAAUUGUGGUUGAGAAAUCGACAGUCCCUGUGAAAACAGCUGAGGCAAUAGAGAAGAUCCUUGCCCACAACAGCAAGAAGAUCAACUUCCAAAUUCUCUCCAACCCAGAAUUUCUUGCUGAGGGCACUGCAAUCAAGGACCUUUUCAAUCCCGAUAGGGUCCUUAUUGGAGGUAGGGAAACCCCAGAAGGUGCAAAGGCGAUUCAGGCGUUGAAAGAUGUUUAUGCCCAUUGGGUCCCUGUAGACCGUAUAAUUUGCACCAAUCUUUGGUCUGCUGAGCUUUCUAAGCUUGCUGCCAAUGCCUUCUUGGCACAGAGAAUCUCUUCUGUGAAUGCAAUGUCAGCACUUUGUGAGGCAACCGGUGCAGAUGUCACUCAAGUGUCGCAUGCUGUCGGCAUGGACUCAAGAAUUGGGCCCAAGUUCCUCAAUGCCAGCGUCGGUUUUGGUGGGUCUUGCUUCCAGAAGGACAUCCUUAACUUGGUCUACAUCUGUGAGUGCAAUGGCCUUCCUGAGGUUGCAAAUUACUGGAAACAGGUUAUUAAGGUGAAUGACUACCAGAAGACCCGGUUCGUGAACCGGGUUGUUGCAUCCAUGUUCAACACAGUCUCUGGCAAGAAGAUUGCAGUUCUUGGUUUUGCUUUCAAGAAGGACACUGGUGACACCAGGGAGACCCCAGCCAUUGAUGUGUGCAGGGGGCUGUUGGGUGACAAAGCCCGGUUGAGCAUAUAUGACCCGCAGGUGUCUGAGGAUCAGAUCCAAAGGGACCUUUCAAUGAAGAAGUUUGAUUGGGACCAUCCAGUUCAUCUCCAGCAAUCGACCCCUACUUCUGUGGAACAAGUUAGUUUCAUUGGGGAUGCUUACGAGGCAACAAAGGAUGCUCAUGGUGUCUGCAUUCUGACCGAGUGGGAUGAGUUUAAGAAGCUUGAUUACCAGAGGAUUUACGAUAAUAUGCAGAAGCCUGCAUUUGUGUUCGACGGCCGGAACAUUGUGGAUGCUGAGAAGUUGAGGGAAAUUGGUUUCAUCGUCUACUCCAUUGGUAAGCCACUAGAUGCAUGGCUCAAGGACAUGCCUGCAGUGGCAUAAAAAUGAGAAGCUUAAUCUGCAGUGGCUUUUGAGCUAGAAUUGAUAUUUGAGAGAGGAUGUGGGUGGUUCUAUAAUAUUUUUAAUUUUUCUUUUUUCCCUUUUUAUUUCUAGUUUCGGCUCUUAUGUUUUAUCUUACUUUUCUUUCUUUUCUUUCUUUUUCUCGUUAAUGGGUUUUUAAGACACUACUCUCUAGCUAGUAGAAAAUCAAUCUAUGUUCUUUAUAUGAUUAUAUGUUAGUGUAAUAAAACAGGAAGAUUUAGUAUCA